AUGCGAGCGGGUACGACGAUAACAACAUCCAGGAUGCCGAAGCGUGCCUUGUCGUAUUGGACGCGCCCGGCGACGACGUGCUGGACGAGUCCGACCACGAUGGCGAAGCCGUCGCCUCCUUGGAUAAAUCAUGUUCAGGCGGCCCUGCGCGGCAAGCGACUGAGAGGCAUUGAUCUGUCACCUGGUGGCAUUUUUGCUUUGGCUUGUGGCCGUGAUGGCCACUUUAGAUUGGGCAUCGAGUUUUCACCUCCUGCAGAAGCUCCCCCCUUCCAGACCACCAGCGGCUUCCCUGCAGUCAGCGAGAUCUUCCAGAGCGAUGGCCGGUCAAACUUUCUCCCGUGUGGGCAUAUCACCCGGUAG